CAGUGUUUACAAGCUCUCAGCAAGAUACCCACUAUAGCCCACUUUGCAUAUCUUUUCCCCACUAGAACAUGUCCAGUAUCCUAUUGUGAUAAAAGAUGUGGCAAUGCAGGAAGUGCGGGAAGCCCGUGUAUUUCGCGGAGCGAAAACAAUCAUUGGGGUUUGACUGGCAUCCCAAGUGUCUCCGAUGUGAGGAAUGUGGCAAAAGACUAAAUCCUGGCCAACAUGCAGAGCACAAAGGUGUUCCAUACUGCCACCACCCUUGUUAUGGAGCCCUCUUUGGCCCUCAGCUCUUUGGCCAUGGGACACGCAAUGAGUGCCACACCUCCUUUGGGAAAGUGGAGAAUAGAGAUGGACAAGUUAAAAGGUCACACUUGGAGGCUAAACUGAAGGCAUAUAAUCAGUAUUAUGAGGGGAAACCAGGGGAGCUGAAGAGCAGGGAGGCAAAUGGCCGUGUGAUUUUGGAGGGUGUGCUGAAAAUCUAUUGGGGUGUGCGUAAUGUCAUUCACCUGAAGGAGGAGGAUGAUCAGCGUACCAUUGCUGUAAGGAGGCGCUCGGGUGUGAACUCUGAGGCAUUCUAUCCUGAUAGUGAUGAUGAGGACUCGUUUUUGUGGCGUGAUGACUCGCCCAACGGCUGGCGAACACAGUCUCCAGGGACGCCAGUUAUCUCAAAGGGUACCACCUUUGCGAGGUCCAACUCGGACCGUUCUUCCUCUGGAAUGGACAACAGUGGCUCUUCCUCACCAGUGAUCUUGAACACAUGUUCUCCUGAGGAUGAGGGUGUGGGUAGUUUGAAGGGAACAGGGAAUGCAGAAGGACAGGACAGUGCAGUAGGUGCUGUUGUGAGUGAGAAUAAUGCAAAAGAUCCAGAGGGAAAGCCUAGUAAAAGCCCAAGCAGUGAGGAUGUGAAAGGUGCCAAAAAUUCCCAAGUGCCAUCAACUCCUGUAGGUAAGGAAGCUGUUUCAGAGCCAGACAGUAGUAUUGAAGUGCCAUCCCCACGGAAUGGACUGACUCCAAGCAAAGAGGGCAGUGAUUCUCCAGUGCCUGAGGGAAAAGAGGUGGUUGAUUUAAAUGCAAGCAGUGACACUCAAACUCCUGCAAAGAAGACGCCAGUCAAGACAGGAAGCACGGCCAUAAGGAGAAGGCCUGGAAGGCGAAUGGACAAAACCAAACUCAAGCGGCGAUGCUCCAUCAAUGGCCACUUCUACCUGCGUGAGACCAGCUCCUUCACGCCCCCACAUGGUUCCCCCUGCAGUGUGUGGGUGACGUCCCUCAUUACCACGGAGGAAGUGCUCAAUAUGCUCCUGGAGAAGUAUAGGGUGGAGAUGUCCUCUCGUAACUUUGCUCUCUUUGUGAUCAAGGACAAUGGAGAGAGGCGUCGUAUUAGAGAUGAUGAAUACCCACUCAUCACAAGAGUCAUGCUCGGCCCACAUGAGGAAGUGGCUCGAUUCUUCAUAGUGGAUGCCCAUCAGACAGACGAGAUUUCCCCUCAGGUGGCCCAAUUCCUGAACCUUAGUCUGGCUGAGUGUCGGGCUAUCUUGCUCCAGUACGAACAGGAAGAGAUGAGAAACAUUAUUGCUGUUCGUCAGAAGUACGAGAGUAUGGCUUUCUACAUCCAGCGAAGAAUGAAGGAGCUACGUGGUGUGUGAUGUAUAGGCAACAUAUCUAAACCAAAAGCCAGGAGACCUUCGGAGAAAUUUCUUGGCGAGCAAAGUGCCCUUGCUAUG